UUUUUUCCUUGUCAGGUUCUACAAUGAAAAUCCUCAGCAGCAAUACAAUUUUAAAUUCAUUCAGUCUUUUUUUCUUAUUGCUCUUAAUUGAAUAUGUCAGAGCAGAGGAUUUCUAUGAGCUGCUAGGGGUGUCAAAAGAUGCAGAUAACAGAGACAUUCGGAAAGCAUUCAAGAAACUGGCACUUCAGUGGCAUCCUGACAAAAAUAAGGAUAAUCCUGAGGCACAUGCCAAGUUCCUGCGCCUGAAUAAAGCAUAUGAAGUGCUGAAGGAUGAAGAAAAGAGAAAAAAGUAUGAUCUGCAUGGGGAGGAAGGAUUGGAUGAGUCCAGAAGCUCAGGACAUUAUCAGUCAUGGUCGUUUUACCAUGAAGAAUUUGGUAUCUAUGAUGAUGACCCUGAAAUAGUCACUCUCAGUGGCAAGGAUUUUGAGGACAUGGUUCGGGACUCUGAGGAUCCUUGGUUCAUCAACUUUUAUUCACCCCACUGUGGACAUUGCCAUAAAUUGGCCCCAACAUGGCGGAAAGUUGCAAGGGAAUUGGAAGAUGUCAUUCGCAUUGGGGCUGUAAACUGUGGAGAUGAUUUAUGGCUGUGUAGAAAGGAAUCUGUUUACAGGUUUCCAACACUGAAACAUUAUCCUGGUGGACAUGUUUAUGAAGGGCCAGAGACAUUUGAUGAAAUGGUGGAUUAUGGUAUGGAACUAGUGAAAGCAGCCAUCAAAGAUGUCUCUGCUCGGGACUUCCAGAGCAUGAGGCUCAUGAAAGAGCAUUCCAACUGGAUUGUCAUGUUUUGCUGGAACCAACAGGAUUGCCCAUCAUGGAAGACUCAGAAAAAACUGGCAGGAAUGCUGGAUGAUAUAGCCUUGAUUGGUUAUCUGGACUGUGGAAGAGAACAAGAUCUUUGCAAAAGCUUGGAAAUUCCUACUAAUGGAGAAAUUAGGGCUUAUCCCUCAGGCAUUGCCCUCAUUUCGAGAGACAGCAGAGAACUCACACAGGAGUAUCUCAAUACCCUUCAGGGUCCAUCAGAGCUUGAUGCUAUAACAUUUGAGAAUAUCUUGAAAAGUCUGAUGCAAGGUGGUAAGGAAAGCUGGCUGUUGGAGUUCUAUUCACCAGCUGAAAUUGAUGACACCUUGUCAAAGAAGCUAGCAGUGCUUUUAGAUUCCAAUAACAUUCGUGUUGGACGCAUGGACUGUGUCCGUGAGAGAGCCUUUUGCCAACGUUUCUUUGUGCACAAGUACCCCACAUACAUGAUGUUGAAGGAUGGAGGAGGCCAUGAGAUCCACUUGGGGCGUCCUGGUGUCCACAGUGUUGGCCAGUUUGCCAAAAAGAGUUCAACUGCAACGGCUUUUCACAAUCUGAAUCCAACAGACUUCCAGAGAGUUCAGGAUGGUUCAUCAUUGUGGUUUGUGGACUUCUUUGCCCCAUGGUGUCCCCCCUGCAUGCAUCUAUAUCCAGAGUUUCGCCGAGCCAGUAAUUUGGCUCAAGAAAGGGAUCUCCAAGUGAGAUUUGGGGUAGUUGAUUGCACAAUACACUAUAGAUUAUGCAACCAAGAAAGGAUUCAUUCAUAUCCUUCAACCAUCUUGUACAAUGGAUCUAUACCACACCACUACAAAGGACCUCACAAAGCAGAAAGUCUAGUUGAUUUUGUUCACAACAUACUCAAUCCAGUUGCAAUUGAUUUGACUGAUGAAUUAUUUGAAAGGCGAGUUCAUUCAAAGAAAGAGGAUGAGAUUUGGGUUAUUGACUACUAUGCACCAUGGUGUGGACCUUGUAUGGCAAUGCAAUCAGAGUUCCGGAAAUUUGCUCAGAUGGUGAAAGAUAUUCCUGGAGUCUAUGUGGGUGAAGUGAAUUGUGAGAGAGAACGAAACCUCUGCCAUAACAAUAACAUACACAGCUAUCCAACUAUAAGACUCUAUCCAAGAGGGUCACAAGGAAUACGAACCUUGGCGCAGUACUACCCUCAGUGGCAGAGGAAUGCCAAAUCAUUUCAAUCCUGGCUCUUCCAGUUCCUUCCCUCUAAUGUGGAGGAUAUCUCUGGGAUGGACACAUUUCAUGCUAAGGUCCUCAAGAGUGCAGAUGUAUGGUUGGUGGAUUUCUACACCCCAUGGUGUGGCCAUUGUAACAUGUAUGCACCUGAGUUUGAAAGCAUAGCACAGAGUUUGAAGGGAAAGGUGAAGGCAGGGAAGGUGAACUGUGAACAAGACGAGUCACUCUGUCAUGCAGCUGGGGUAAAUGCCUAUCCAUCUGUGCUUCUUUACAAGGAGAAGAAUGGCUUUCAUGGUGUGCCAUUGCAUAACCGUGAAGCUGAAUUUGUCGUCAGCUUCGUAGAAGCACAGCUCAAGGCAAGAGGUCAUCUACAAAGAGAUGAACUAUGAUAGGCCCUUUCCAGAUUCAUUAGGAGCCUCUCAUGAUAUUUAAAAGAGUAUGGUGAUUGCCAUGAUCAAGAAAAUUUUAUUUAUUACAGCCUACAUGAGAGGUAUGACUGAAACCUCAUGCAAGUUUUUUUUUUUAACCUUUUUUUUUUAACAUGUG